ACAACCCCGAACAGGCGCCGGGGCGGCGGCCGGGAAGUACCGACGGCGCCGGGCUUUGCUACAAUGCGAAGAGUAAGCCGACGACGCCGGGCCGGGCGAUAUGGAUCAUGUAGCGCCCGCGCGCCGCUUCCUUUGUGGCGUGUGGCGGGGAGAAUGGCCCGCGAGGGGCGGCGGUGGUCGCGCCCCAGCGGUGUGGCCGCCUCGCCGGGCGGGGUGGGCGACGAAGCCAAGCGGC